AUGACGCUGAUCUGGAGGUCCCAAUCGCUGCCGAGCUGGGGCUUCCUGAUGAAUCUCGUCGGGGAAGAGCCCAGCCCAUUCUUGAAAAGACUCCCAGCCGGAGUCUACGGCGCUACAGCGCUGCUGUUUCUCCGAGAGCUGACCAUCCUCUCUUCGACUUCCCAUCCCGAGGACCUUGGGCGUUUGCCCACGCAGCAGCACUUAUGCCCGGCAAAGGCUGGUUUCUGGGCUGCGUUUCUUAUUCCCGGGGCCCGUGGUCUCAGCGACGAGGCCGCUGCUUUUGCUUUGGUUGCAUUGGCGGGUGCCGAUCCUCCAGAAGUCUGCAAGGUAAUCCACAGCGCUGCGGGGCGGCUCUCAGUGGCUGCACGAGCUCUGCCAAUAGCCAUUAGUUGGCCGAUGAAAAAGAUCAAGAAGUCGCCGGUGCUCAAGAAGAAGAAAGUCGCCAAAACAGCGGCUGCCGAGACGCCCAAGGAGGAGCAAAAGGCAGCCGACGCGUCGCCGAAAGGCUCUCCACCAACGAAGGUCCAGCCCAAAGCAAAGGCAAAGACACCAAAAGCUCAGAAGGAGCCCGUGGAGAAGCAGGAAAAGAAGGAUGAGAAGAAAGAGCUGCUGGCUUUGCAGGCAGUGAAGGAGAUUCUGAAGGCCAUCGCGGAUCCCGAUGCACAGAAGCAUGGUACCUUCAUCCUGCCGGACUGGCACACAACGUAUAAGGAUCAGCUUGGCUCCUACAAAAAGUUUGUCAAAAGAAGUGCCCAGCUGCAGGUCAUAGAGAUGGACGAGGGCAAGUACAUCAUCCAGAAAGCGGGCGACACGACCGCGCCGGCCGUGCCGCAGGCCAAAGCCAAGGCGGCAAAGGGAGAUUGGAAGCAGCUGCUGCAAAAUGCCUGGAACAUCUACUGCCAGGCGACUGCAAGGCACGAAUGGAACAUCGACGUCUUCACCAGCGCACUGGCGAGAGGCGUUCGCACCACGAAGCCCUUGACAGGUACUGCAGGGGCUUCACCCAAGCUGGGCCCCAAGGCCAGCCCCAAUGAGCCGACCAACGACGGCGCUGAGGCUGAGGUUGGAGCCAAGAAGUCGAAAGCACCUCCAAAGAAAGGCGUCGCGAGAAAGGCAGAGGGCCAAGUGCCAAAAGUUGCUGACAAGAGACCACGGAAAAAGGUCAAGAACGCCAUGCAGAAGUGA